AUGCUAGCAGCAUGCCUAAGGAUCAAGGCAAGUGUCCGCCGAAGAAGCUACUUCCCCAUCUCCGCUUCCACACUUUUCUCUCGUAAAGAAUCCGCGCUUGACCUUGGCGACAAAGGGUCUAAAGUUAUGCUCGAUGAUUUAACUCUUGAGGAUAUUAGAGCCAACAUUGAGAAUGAGCUUAGAAUGCUUGAGUAUGGAGGUGUAGAUGGAGACAUCCAAGUUAUCACCGAGGCUCAACCAAUGAGUACUGAUCAAUUGAUAAAAAAAUGA